AUGACCUCCAACGUGCACCACCAUCCAGCACGCAUCCCAGCAAUCCCGGACCUCCGUUUUGAGAAUAGUUAUCUGCGAAGCAUACGGCCAUUCUUCUACGUCCGCAGAAUCCAUGUUGCACCAGACACCAAGGAGCCUGACUACGACCAUGCGGACGUUGCUUUAGCUACUUCUCAGAAGGCAGUCAUCUCAGAGGACAUUGUCAUUGACUGGGCCAAAGUCCUCUGGAUCACCACACGCGACCAAGUUAUCAGCCCAUUUCUUCAGGGGGCUGUCUGGGGGAUCGCUGGCCACUUCCUCGUACCCCUCAUAAGACGAGCUCGGGUGCAUUCAGCAAGAUAUAUCAAGUCACGGCUUGUCUCAACUGAAGGCAAAGGAAUAACAUGGCUAAGAAAUUGGGUGAAAGGAUUUAGCUCAGCUGCGCCCGAACGGCGAAAGCUCGCGUGA